CUGACUAUUCUUCUAAUGGUGCUGACCUCUUGCAUUUUUGUUUUCUCUAUAGGUCUACAGAACCUGGUCCUGACCUAUAUUCAGGCCAUCACCAGUGGAGAUAUGCCCUGUAUGGAGAAUGCAGUCCUGGCACUGGCUCAAAUAGAGAACUCAGCUGCAGUUCAAAGGGCCCUUAUACACUAUGAAGAGAUGAUGAAAAAAAGGGUCCAGUUCCCCACAGAAACCCUUCGGGAGUUGUUAGACAUACAUGCCACAUGUGAGAAGGAAGCCAUUGAAGUCUUCAUCAAGGAUUCUUUCAAGGAUGUGGACCAGAAAUUCCAGAAGGAAUUGGCGAGCCAGCUAGAAGCCAAGCGUGAUGCCUUUUGUGACCAGAACCUGGAUGAGUCGGCAAAACGAUGCAGAGUUUUGCUUCAGGAUAUUUUCAGUCCUCUGGAGGAGGCAGUGAAGAAUGGGGCCUUCUCUAAACCAGGGGGAUACGGUCUCUUUCUGCAGAAUACCAAGGAGCUGAAACAGAAAUACUACCAGCAGCCCAGGAAGGGGAUACAGGCAGAGGAGACUCUGCAAGAAUACCUGAGAUCCAAGGAAGAUAUAGCUGAUGCAAUACUGCAUGCUGACCAGUCACUCUCAGCAAAGGAAAAGGAUAUUGAAGUGGAGCGUAUGAAAGCUCAGGCUGCAGAGGCUGCUAGAAAGCAGCUGGAGGAAAUGCAAAAGAAGACCCAGGAGAUGAUAGAGCAGAACGAAAGAAGCUACCAUGAGCAUAUAAAGCAAUUGACUGAAAAGAUGGAAACAGAAAGGAAACAGUUAGAAGAAGAUCAAAGGAGGGCCCUGGAUCUGAAACUCAAGGUAAGCAAUCCAUGA